AUGGGAAAGCAAAUGACAUCAUUUUAUUUAUUUAUUUUCGUUCUGAUUCAGUCGAUUUCGUCUCAAAAUAUCGUGGAUUUAAUUCACACAAUAAGAAAUAAGCAUCCGGAUGACAAUCAAUCAAAAGAUGGUUUAAUGUCAGAAUUUCGUGAUGUUAUACAAACAAUUCAAGAUCAUCUGUAUAACACAAGUAUUCCAAUUUGUCUUCCUGGUUUUCGGUCUUACGGUGGUUCGUGUUACUUUCUUUCGCCCCUGAAAUCAAAUUGGUUAGCCGCAUCGAAUAUUUGUAAGCUAAAACGAAAUUCCUCGUUGGUUUCGUUCGAGACCAACGAAGAAUUAGACUUUGUCGUCGAUAAAUUAUUGAAACCAUCAGCUGUCAAUCAAGCUUAUAUCGGUUUAUAUGCAAGUGAUGUAGGCCAAUGGCGCUGGCUUGAUGGACGGACGUUUUGGGACUCGAUCUUCGGACCGUUAUUCUAUGUCUACCGGCCGGAAACCUCACAUUGUGGGUUGGUUAAUUUAGUUAAUCGAAGUCAAGUGGCGAUCGAAGGAAGAGAUUGCAUCAAUGAUGAAGCACGAUUUGUCUGUAAAUAUGUUCAAAAUCAUUGUUAUGCAAAAAAUGUGUGUGGUCGCGGUGGCGAAUGCAUGAAUUUUGGUUUAUCAUACCGCUGUCGAUGUAACUUCUUAUACCGUGGCCAUAAAUGUGAUAAAUUAAGUUCAAAAGCAAUACAAUCAAUCAUUGCGUUGGCUCUCAUAUUCCUAAUGUGCAUAGCUGGAUGCUGCUUGAAAUUCGAUGUGUAUUCUCUAUGUCAAUUCAAGAGAAAAUCUCAUUCAACGGAUGAAUUCUCCAAUGAACAUCAGAACAUUUUACCAUAG